GCAGUUCUUCGCCAUGCCGGAGUCCGCCAAGUCCACUUCUGCUCCAAAGAAGGGUUCCAAGAAGGCGGUGACCAAGGUCCACAAAAAAGAUGGUAAGAAGCGCAAGCGCAGCCGCAAGGAAAGCUACUCCGUGUACGUGUACAAAGUGCUGAAGCAGGUCCAUCCGGACACUGGUAUCUCGUCUAAAGCCAUGGGCAUCAUGAAUUCGUUCGUUAACGACAUCUUCGAGCGCAUCGCGGGCGAGGCGUCGCGCUUGGCGCAUUACAACAAGCGCUCGACCAUCACCUCCAGGGAGAUCCAGACGGCCGUUCGCCUGCUGCUGCCCGGCGAGCUGGCCAAGCACGCCGUGUCAGAGGGCACCAAGGCAGUCACCAAGUACACCAGCUCCAAGUGAGUCACUGAUUGCUGAGCGAUUGAUCAGACUUUCUCACACCCACUGGCUCUUUUCAGAGCCACCUACACUUUUCGAAAAAGAGCUUGUCCGUUGUUAGGUCUGUUUUGAAAUGUUUCAUGUUUCUUUGAAUGUGUAAGUAUAGCUUUAGAUAAAAAAUUUCUACGUUUUUGGGGGAGCCUUGAUUCUCAUGCAUUUUUGCAUGUUUGUUACAGUUGGCUUUCACUAUUAUAAGUAGCUUUCGUGUACUUAAUGAAGAACUAAUAAUGCAUGUAUCCUUCGGCUUGCAGAAGUAUUUGAAGAUAAAUCUUUGCACUGCAAGUAGCCAGAGCAUCGCAGUAACUCCUGGGGUUUCUUUAAUCUUAUCUCUGGAUCCUAUCCCGAUAAGCUACCUAGUUUUGGGGUCCUAUCCAAUAAUCUACUUAGCUACUUACUGCCUAUGAAAUUGAAGUAAGGAAUUACUUACUCCUGGAGGAUCCAGAAGUCGAAGGUAUUAGUUGACAAGGAGGCCGAAUUUGCAGCCAGUGUGUCUGAGUGCUUCCUCCCUAAGCUGCAACAGGUCCACAACUUUAUGCAUUAUUAAAGUCUCAGCCUUAAUAGUUGGAAGCUAGGGUAAUUUUAAGAUAGAUUGCUGACAGGACUUGAUGACUUAAGAGUUGCGAGACAGCAUAAUGUAGGUUGUUCCAUUUUCUAGUUUCUCACCUAGUUCCCUCUCCUUUCAAUUUACCCCACCUUGCUCCACCACCUCUCAUACGUAACUGUAAAAUGAUAAACAUUGUUAAAGGGAUUAGAUGGCUUUUAGUCAUGGAGUAAACAAGAGCAGUUUGAAAAAUAAACCUGAGUCCUUUCUCUUGUGCCAGGCUAAGAGUAAAGAGUUGGAAAUUUUAAAAUUUUUCCUUCACCUCUUCAGUUCUCUUUGAAAUGAUUAUAACUUUUCUAUGUUGGCAGGAAAGCCUGGUGCCUCUGAAAAACCCAAAGGCGUUUUCUUUUUUCUUGAAACAAGUUACAAUGUUAAUACAUUUUAAUGGAAACACAAUAGGAAGGACUAGUGUCCCCAGUACAUUACAGAAAUUACGUUAAAGAGGGUACUUUAUCACUGGCAAAAAAAUCCAUAAAUCUUGCUUGCUGACCACUUGAUCAACCAAAGACAAAAAAAAAAAAUCAUCUAUCCCCAAAGUAAUUCUGAAUGUAACAAAUAGAUUUUGGAAACCAUAGUAUAUAGAACAGAAUAGAAUUUUAGCAAUAGCUCCAAGUAUGAUGUUAAAGGCAUUUCAUUGGUGGAGAAAAGAAUUAUUUUAAAAAUCUGACUGUUUAAGGAAUUGCUAGGGAAUUGUUUAAAACUGUGCUAUGGAGAAUUCAUGGGGAGGAAUAAUAAGCAGAUAUUAAUAACUUAUUAAAAACUCAAGGGAAAUUGAGUUAAAUAUACCAGUGUAAAGAGGUUUUAAAAGGGCAUAUGCAGCAUUGCAUACAUUUUCUUUGAAAGAAUAUCUGCUUUUAUCUAUUCACCAAAAUACCAAAUUAGCUACCAGCAGUGAUCUCUGUGUGGUGAGAUAACGAGUUUUGCCCUUUUCCACAACACUAAUGUUUUGCGUUCGCAUUCAAAAGCAAUUGUUAAAGCCUUAAAACAUGGUAACAAAAUAAGUUACCACAGCGUGAAACAGUACAAAAGAACAAAGAAAGCCUCUUUUUCUUUUUUUUUUUUUUUGGUCAAAUUCCCCUCCCCCCCUUAGGGCGGGACUUCCCGCCUUCAGGUUCUCAGUUCGGUCCGCUAACGGACGUAUAAAGACUUGCAUCCGCGAGCUGUAGAAGCUAGGCUUUGGUG